AUGACUGCAAAUCCUAAAGUUUCUUCCUCCAUGCUGUGCGAUCGUCGGUACGUCCGCAACGACGUCAGAGACGUCUGUGACAUGUCCCCUCAACAUAGUGCCUAUUCGUCUUUCGAUCCGCCUCCGCCAGUCCGUUUGUCAAGCACCGAUUUCGCUUCAUCAUCGAUGUCGGCAGUUGGCAGUCGCAGAGGCUUCAAAAUCCCGCAUAUUCCUGCUGCGAAAUCGAGGAACAGCGGCGAUCGCAAGCCACAUACACAGGAAAGAGAGCCCCAGUUUACGUGCAAGAACUGUUGGAAGUAUUUUAAUACCAAGAAAUUCUAUGACCAGCACUUGUCGUUCCACAUAAAGUGCAGCGAAGAGAAUUGCAGUUUCGAAGCAACGCCGAAGGUGCUCGCGAAACACAUUCUCAUGACCCACGACUUUGUCGUAAGAAGCAGCCCAAGUAGCGAUGAGAGGUGGCUAAAGGCGCGCAAACGCAACUUUCCUACCGCGCAGAAGGUUGCCGAUGCGAAAGCUGAAGCUGUGCAGCCGGGCGCCAGUUCUGACAGCGUGUUUGGAUCUCUUGCUUUGCCAGACCGCCACAAAAGACCGAAAACUAGCGCGUCGGAUUGUGAAAACCGUCAGCCGACUCCAAGACGUGAUUUCGAUGAUUCCAAAUGCAACGAGUUGAUGUGGCUUGGCAUUUUUCUCAUGAAAGUGUUUCUUGUCCGGAUUGAGCAGACAGGCACGUUUGUAAAGACGAACCUUCUACCUCGAGAUCAAGGGGCGAUUUCAUUUUUUCAGCUGUUUCACGAAGAGAAGCGCCACGAAACCAGUGUUUUGCUGCAAUGCAUUCGCUACGUGGUUCAAAACAACUUCUUUCAAGCCGAAAAGACAAUGCCACUAAGCGACGGACAUCGCACAGCUACAUCCGAGCCGCAGACGCCCACCAUCACAUCGUCGCCUCAAUGA